AGGAUUAACCAGGUUGACUGUCUCAAUAAUUUGAAGGUAGACAAACACGUUUAACUGAAAAGGACCGUUUAUUGAAGGCUUCUAAGAAAUCCUUCACUCACACAUGACUGGUCUUCCAAUUAACUCCAAAGUCAGGCAAGCGAUACCAUGUCCUUUUCAAUUUGUUUUUCCUCUAGCUCUUUCGGUUGAAUGCAAUUAAAAUCCGUCCAAUGUUUAUCUCUCACCCUGGACUGGAGUUUAAACGCGUCUAUAAAUAGAUCGAGUUAGGAAGCUAAAAGAUAUCCAACCAAAAAAAAAAAAAAACAUUGCCAUGGCUAAGCUUAGGAGCAGUGACAAGAAGAAGAAUAGAAUUAUGAAGCUCAAGAUUGUUGCAGAGAAGCUUCAUAAGAGUCUUUUGUUAGGAAGGAAAUGGAACUCCUUUCGCGACGAACAUGAUGAAAUUCACGAUUCAACCUAUGUGCCUGAAGAUGUAAAGGAAGGACAUUUUGCUGUGGUUGCGGAGGAUGGUGAGGAACCAAGGAGAUUUGUGGUUCCAUUGAGUUAUUUGACACAUCCAACUUUUUUAAUGCUCUUGGAACAAGCAGCUGAGGAGUAUGGAUUCGAUCGCGAGGGAGCCUUGACAAUUCCUUGCCGUCCAAGUGAACUUGAGAGGAUAUUAGCUGAUCAGCAAUGGCAAGAAGGGGAAUCUAAUGCUAAUUUCAGCUAGAGUUCCUGUGAAGCCAUGAUACAAAGCUAUUGAAACAGAAAAGGAGCUACCUGCAGUUUCGAGAUAUAUAUAUAUAUAUAUAUAUAAAUAUAUAGCUUGAUGAAUUUAAUUCCACCCCGUACUAAUUAGUCUUCCUUGUAGACGACUCCAUGAAUUGUUUUCUGAUCAUCUCCUUUUUCAAUUCAUGUUUUCUACUGAUACUUCGGGGUAACUAAAUGAAAUGGAAAAAAAGAAAAAAAUCCUAGCUAUGUCCUUGAAAUUAUUCAUAUGAAUUCCUUCAUUACGAGAGUAGUAUGUGGCCAUUUCCGAUCAAGCAGAAAAGUCACCAGCACAGCUUUUGAACAGUACUCACCCGAAUAA